AUGGCGCUAUCCGAUAGAAAGUUUCGUGUCUGGGCAAUCCUGAGCGUGGCUUUCAUCCCGUUAAGUGUAUUAUCAAAUCCAGUACAGCAGUUAGAAGGACAUCGAUGUUAUUGGUGCGGCCCACUUGCGGAGCAGGUCCAUCGCAGCCAACGGGCCGCCAAAUGUAACGGCGAUAAGAGUAAAGUGACUAUCUGCGAUGAAGACUUACCUUACUGCGCUAUUGUGGCUUCAUCACCUCCGUAUGUCGAAUCCAGAUACUGCGUCAAAUUCUAUCAAGAUGAAUGUUACCCACUUUACUGUAACUCUACUAAAAUUUGGAAGGUCAUAUGCCCGUGCCGUGGGGAACUAUGCAAUGGACCGAACACCAAAAGAGAAAAGGAAGUUUUUGAGGCACUUCAUAAACUUACCAUAACCAAACGGCUUAAAAGAGCAUUAAUUUCUAACGUGGCUUUCAUGGGAAUGACUACUCGUAAGAAGACAAUUGAUAACAUUACUAUUGAACAUAACGUAAACCUUCCAUCUGACGAUGUUAAAAACAAAGAAAAUGAUAAUGCUGCUAAUAGUAUUAUCGAAACUCAUGACAGCUCUAAGCCUAGUACUGAUAACAUAUCAAAAAUGGAAAUUAUAGCUGUAAGCUCACAAGCGCCUGAAGCAGAAGUUACAAUCAACCCGCAUACAGAAACUCCAACGAUAGAAUUUUCACCCACCGAUAUAUCCACCACUGCGAAAACAGAACCAGCCAUCGAAAAUUAUGAAAAAAUUGAAUCUAAUGUUCAAACUUCAAACGCAAAUUCAGUAACUAUAACAGCAGAAACUAAAUAUAUUGAUGAGACAGGAGACAAUAACAUGGAUCAAACUACUGAAAACAAUGCAGUAAAGCCUUCUGCCGCUGAAAGUCAAACAGAAAAUGAUAUGAACGUAAACAUCGAACCAGCCCCAAAGAACACAAAUCAAGCCGAUGAAAUUCAUACUGUAACUAUGGCAACUACUCAGGGAACUCAAAACGCGCCUAGUAUAAAAAUCGACAUUCCCAGUAGCAGUAUUGAUAGCGACGAUCUUAAAACAGAUAUUAUAGUAAUGAGUAGUAAAAAACCUAACCAAGUAUACGAUACAAUGCUUAAUAGUGACAUGGAAACACAUGUUGAAAAUAUGCCUAGCGUACAAACAAAUCCUCUAGGAACUAAAUCAAUGGCUAGUGAAGUUAGUUUAGUCACAACAGAAACAGUUACAGUCACAACUCAGAUUGAAACAAAAUUAGAAAAAACUAAGUCAAAGGCCAAAGAACAAUUGCCAGCUGCAGAAGCCCUUCAGCACACUGAUACUCCUACAACACAACCAAUGACGCACACUACUAGCACGUCUACAAUGGAUAUUAACAAUAUCGAUCACACCACACUACCUACAAGGCUUCGUAAUAAUACGGCCGUUCGAAUUGAAGCACACAUAUUAACAAUAGUAAUUGGAGUCGCCCUCCAAUAUUAA